AAAUAUUUAUUUCAAGAACCUCAUAAUUAAUUAACAACACACCAAAAUGGCCAAUACAAACAGUCUAAUCCAAUCCAAAGAUAACUCCAACUCCAAGAAAUCAAUGAAAGACAGGACAUUUUCAGGAUUUGGUAACCUCAUCAAGCUCCUUCCUACAGGAACUGUGUUCAUAUUCCAGUUUCUGAAUCCUGUCUUAACCAACAACGGCCAUUGUCACACUAUGAACAAGUACCUGAGCGGAAUACUCAUCGGACUUUGCGGUUUUUCUUGUGCAUUUUCGUCUUUUACCGAUAGUUUUGUCGGCAGCGACGGAUUGACUCAUUAUGGAGUUGCAACAAUGAAAGGACUAUGGCCGGCUACAAAUGCGGGAUCAUCCAAUCUGUCACGUUACAAGCUUCAAUUUGGUGACUUUGUUCACUCGUUUUUUACAUUGAUUGUGUUUGCUGCGUUGUGUCUUCUAGAUUCGAAUACGGUAGAAUGUUUCUACCCUUCUUUUGAGUCUAAUGAGAAGACUCUGCUCAUGGUUUUGCCUCCGGUAAUCGGUGCAAUUUCCGGCACGGUUUUUAUGCUCUUCCCUAAUAAGCGCCAUGGAAUUGGAUACCCUUCUUCUUCUGGUUCUACUACUCCGGAGGACUCUUAAAAAGUCUUUCGAUUGGUACUUCAGAAAUCAUUGUUUGGCAAAGCUUGAAGAGCUUGAUUUUAGUUUGAUUUUCUUGUUUUAAUUCAAAUUUAUGUGAUUGUUUCUAAAAUUUAAGUUGUGGAAAAAAUGUAUAAGAUUCCUAUUGAUAGUGUAUUAAGUUUGUCAUUUGUCAA